AUGGCCGGCUGGGUGGAUUGGUCAAAGACCACGCAAUCCAGCAACUACCGCGGCGCGACCUCCUUUGCGACUUUCAUGAUCAUUGGGCCAACCUGCUUCUUCCUCGGCAUCCUCUUCGCCUCCUUCCCCUACGACUUCCCCCUCCUCUGGACCUCGGCCCCGGUCCCCGACACCUUCUUCACCCACCUCGAGACCCAUCUCAAAUUCAUGCACCAGUCUCCCCCCCUCAUCGGCCGCCUCCUCAACAUCAUCGUCUUCACCGGUUUCCUCGGCUUCUUCAUCAAGCUCUUCCGCCCCUCGGAGGCAAACAUCCUCUUUGACGGCGCUUCCUUGGUGCUCUACCUCAUUGGCGUCGGCGUCUAUAUUACCAACAUUGUUAAAGGUCUCCGCUCCGUCAGCGCGGGUAUCUGGGACGACCCCAGUUUCACCGGCGAGGUCAAGGACGGCCCCAUUACGGGCGAGAUUAUCCUCGGCAAGGAGGAUAGUCUCAAGGUCCUGGCGGCGAGCAAUACCAUCUUGGCGCUCGUGCUUGUUGGCGUGCUGGUUUUGCAGGCUGGGCAGUGGUAUGCUGAGCGCAAGGACCGCGAGGACUUUGCUAAGCUUGAGGAGGAGAAGGGGGCCAAGGGAUCUGCGAGUAAGAAGAAGCAGUAA